AUGACCACAAUCAGAUGCAUAUUGGCCACUGCAGUAAAGAAAGGAUGGGGUCUAUACCAAUUGGAUUUGAAUAAUGCUUGCUUACAUGGAGACCUAAAUGAAGAAGUGUAUAUGAAAUUCCCACCUGGGAUAGUACCUGCUUCACCUACUCAUGCAUUGGCUAUCUAUGUGCAUGAUAUACGCUUGACAGGAAAUGAUAGUGCAGAAUUACAUGCAUUGAAAGAAUUUCUCAAUAAAGAAUUCAAAAUUAAAGAUCUCGAGGACUUACAUUUUUUUCAAGGGAUGGAAGUUAUCCGAGAAAAGGAUGGAUCCAUCCUUUCUCAGCGCAAAUUCACUUUAGACCUUCUCCAAGAAUUUGACUCCCUCCAUUUAUCACCUGUUUCUUCUCCACUUGAUCCAUCUACUCGUCUGUCUGCUCAAACAGGGAAACUACUGAAGGAUCCCACCUUGUAUCGUUAUCUCCUUAGAAAACUUAACUACCUCACUCACACCCGGCCAGACUUGUCCUUCACAGCCCAACACCUCAGCCAGUACAUGCAGGACCCAAGACAACUACACCAAGAUGCAGCGUUCUGUGUGCUUCGUUAUUUGUUCAAAGAUCCUGGGCUUGGGCUCUUUAUGUCUUCUACCUCAUCCUUCAAGCUACUAGCUUUUUGUGAUUCAGAUUGGGCAACAUGCCCGGACUCGAAGAAGUCAGUGAGUGGUUUUUACAUUUCCCUUGGAAAUCCAAGAAGCAAACUUCAAUCUCGCUCAGUUCGGCUGAGGUAG